CACCUACGUCACUUCCGUCACUCAGAGCGAACACCCAACACGGAGGGCUGGAGGAGCGAGGUAGUCCUUCCUGCUUUCUGGAUAAUGACAUUCACUACAUGUUAUUUUUUCCCCCCUGGAUGAUCCCGCUGUGUUUGACAUCACUGAAACAUCUGCGGGGAAGUUCUGGUGGUCAGGUCAAGUAUUGACCUGGAAAAAAAUGAAGCAGGAGUAUCAGGAUCUCAUCCUGCAGGCGUGUGGGGCCUCAUCCCUGCGUGUUGGAGCAAAGAUCCAGUCCCUGUGGAGCGGUUAUGGGGAGAUAGUGAGGUUACACCUGGAGGGCUGCGAGCGGCCCUCUGUGGUCGUCAAACACGUCAAGUUUCCACAGGAGGCUGAGCACCCGUGUGGUUGGACCACAGACCGGUCACACACACGUAAAGUCAGAUCCUACCAGGUGGAGACACACUGGUACCAGAACUAUUCCACCAGUCCAAACUGUCGCAUCCCUGCCUGCCUGGCUGCCUGUUCCCAUGGAGACGAGAUGCUGAUAGUGCUGGAGGAUCUGGAUGUUGCUGGAUAUGACAGGAGGAGAACCAGUGUAAAGGACCGGGAAAUGAGGGCUUGCCUCAGCUGGCUUGCCCACUUCCACGCUCUCUUCCUGGGUGUGGAACCAGAGGGACUGUGGCCUGUCGGCACCUACUGGCACCUGGAGACUCGUCCAGAUGAGCUGGAGGCCAUGGACGACGCAGAGCUCAAAGCAGCUGCAGGCGACAUUGACAGGGUUCUCAACGAAUGUCGUUUUAAGACUGUCGUUCAUGGAGAUGCCAAGUUGGCCAACUUCUGUUUUUCCCAGAGUGGACAGAAAGUAGCUGCCGUAGACUUUCAGUAUGUCGGUGGGGGCUGUGGAAUGAAAGAUGUGGUGUAUUUUUUAGGAAGCUGCAUGGACGAAAGAGAGUGCGAGAAGAAGGCCCAAAGCUUACUGGACUACUAUUUCACGGAGCUGAAAUUAGCCGUGAAAAAGGAGGUGGACUUUGCCGCCCUGGAGAGGGAGUGGAGGGAGAUGUUUGCAUUUGCAUGGACAGAUUUCCACCGAAUGUUGCUGGGAUGGAUGCCAGGGCACUGGAAGAUCAACUGCUACAGUAAACAGUUGACCAGGGAGGUGCUGGGCAAACUGAAAAAGUAAACAUGUUAAAGUUAAACAUGUUUAUCAAACCAUGUUCUGGAUGAAUAAAAUUGAAAAGACUGCUUA